CUCGCUAACGGCGAGAUCUUCCUGUUGCUCCGGUCCUUGGAAUUCGUUCAGCACAAUGAAGGCUCCCUGGCUCUUCCUCAACAUCGCCCUUGUGGCCGCGCGCGAGCAGGUAACUUACAACGGUGACCAGGUGCUCCGGAUCAGUGUCAACAGUCAGAAGCAGUUUAAUCUGGUGAAGUCCCUCGAACAGUUGGAGAAUCUAAAGCUUGAUUUCUGGAAAGAGCCCGUGAGAAGCUCCCUCCCCGUUGACCUACGGAUUCCUGCAAAGCACGUUAACGCAAUCAAAACAUUUCUGAGGUCUAAUGAUAUUGCAUAUUCUGUCAUGAUCAAGAAUUUACAGUCGCUGGUGGAUGAAGAGCGCAUAGGCGGAUUGAUUUCUGAGCUGAGACAGAAUGGCACCUACACCUUUAACUAUCGGUCCUAUCACCCGCUGAAAGAGAUUUACAGGUGGAUAAAGAAUAUUGCUGCUGAAAACCCUCAACUGGUCAGAAGAAUGAGAAUUGGUAGAAGUUCCCAAGGUCGGGCAAUUUAUGUCCUGAAGUUUAGCACAGGACAUGGGCGUCCUGCCGUGUGGAUGGAUGGUGGUAUUCAUGGCCGUGAGUGGAUAGCACCUGCUGUUGCAAUAUGGAUGGCAAAGGAGAUUACCACUGACUAUGGCAACAACGCUUCCUUUACAUCACUGCUGAAUAAAAUAGAUAUCUUCAUGGUGAUCAUGGCAAACCCUGAUGGCUACGUUUAUAGCCAAACUAAGAAUCGAAUGUGGCGGAAGACCAUGUCGAAGAGUCCUGGAACACAUUGUUUUGGAGUUGAUCCAAACAGAAAUUUUGAUGCAAACUUUGGAGGGAAUGGCAGUAGCAGAGUUCCAUGCUCAGAAAGUUAUUGUGGGCCACAUGCACACUCGGAACCUGAGGUUAAGGCUAUCGUUGAUUUUAUCAAGAAGCACGGCAAUUUCGUAGCUUUCAUCACACUGCACAGUUACUCUCAGCGCUUGAUGUAUCCGUAUGGAUAUACACAGGAUACGCCGGAAAACGUCGAAGAACUGGAUACAUUGGCACGUGAGGCAACUGAAGCUCUGGCCUCGUUGUACGGCACUCGGUAUUCAUAUGGAAGCAUCAUACAAGUGAUCGAUGAGAGAAGUGGGAACAGCAUUGACUGGAGCUAUAACCAAGGGAUUAGGUACUCUUAUGCCUUUGAGCUGCGUGAUGAAGGUCAGUAUGGCUUCAUGCUUCCACGGAGUCGAAUUGUUCCGACAGCUGAAGAGACGUGGGUGGCUGUGAAGAAGAUAAUGGAACAUGCUUCCACUCACUUACCUUGACUUUGAACUUGUUGCAUGUUGAUCUUCCAGGAGGUUCUGUAUGCUAAACAACUGUGUAAUUGUACCCUUCCUAAAGCUUUCAGCUUUACGAUUAUAUAUUUUUGCAUAUAUUACUUAGGACAAAAUGAGUGCAAAAGAUUUCUUACUUCUCUGUCUUUUGAGGAUUUAUUAUCUGUUCAGUGUGUUGUGGCAAAAGCCCGCUCAGAUCUGCCCCAGUUGAGGUUUAUUAGCUGUCUUGGUCACAGAAGUCAUGAGCCAAUCGCAGUGUCAACAUGUAAGAGUCUGAACAUUGCUCGCGUCUGACAAGUAUGUGAUCCGUGCUUGGUGAGUAACUCUGAACCCUGAGAGAAUUACUCCUGAAUCAGGCAUUAUUCUUACCCCCAGGUAUUAAAAUUCAAAGUACAUUUGUCAUCAAAGUAUUACACUAUAUACAACCUUGUGAUUCUUCUAAUUGCAGGCAACCACAAAACAAAGAAGUGUAAUAGAAACCAUUAAAAACCACCACCACAAAACAAAAACUGUCAGACACCCAAUGUUCAAAAACAAAGUUUACUCCUAAUGGCGUAUUAGGUUACUGCCAACCCUGAAUUGAGGUUUAUUUAAAUACUUCUUCAGUGAAAGCUUUCUCAGAUCCAUGAUUCAGGGUUUUCUCCACCCGUUGUGCAUGGGAUUACUGUAAUCCUCAAGUGAAGGAUUGCUCUGACCGCUGAAUAAUUCCAAUCCUUUAAAGAUUGAUCCGCAGUUGAGUGCUUGCUUGUCUCCCUGAAGAAAAGCCUGCUGUAAUCCCACAAUGAGUAAUCUUCCUCUCACCCCUCUACAUUCUGAGUACUGGGGAUAAUUUGAUCUCCAGGGGUUGUCUUACUCAUGUGUCACUCUGAAAGUACAUUUCAAAAUAUAGGUUUAAACUGAUAAUGAUUUUAUGUUAAGAAUCUACCUUUGUUGCAAAAUCUAAGGAUUUACCUGGAGAUUUAUUUUACACUGAAACACAGUCUAGAGUUGGUGUUUUCUGUCAGCAAAGGGCUAGAGCAGUUCAUUUGAAGGUUUAUUCCAGUCUCCUCAUUGAAAGCUAUACAUUAAUCUUAAUCUUAAUAAUUUUGUUUAUCUAAAUUUAUUGCUUAGGGGUUUGUUUCAAUGUCAGGUUAAAGUUUUAUUCUAUUAUCAGGUUAAAAUUCUCAGUUGAAGGGGUAAAUUCAUUCAUGAGUGUGUGGUGAAUGCCUUCCAGAUCAGAUCAAAGACUUAUCACAAACUCAUCAAUUGUCGUAGAGCUGUAUAUCAUGAAAGAAGGCCCUUCAGCCUACCCAGGGGUGACCAACAAGUACCUCUUUCAUACUAAUCCCAAUUUCCAAUACUAAGUUUGUAGAUUUCUAUGCCGCAACAUUUCAAAUAAAUACUUCCAUUCAGUGAGAAUACCUACCUGCAACAACCUUUCACACAGGAUGUUCCAGAUUUCUGGGUGAAAAGAAAAUCUUCUCCAAAUCCUUUAUCCUUAAAUCCAUGCCCUCCAGUAACAGACACAUUUUCUAAGGGAAAAUGUCCCAGUGCACGCCCCUCAUGAUUUUAUCCAUUCUGCCAGGUUUCCCUCUCCUCCACAGAAAACAAACCAACUUAUCUAGUCUUUCCCCAUAACUGAAAUGUCCCAUUCUGUGAUGUUUCCUUCAAAAUGUUCCAUCUUGGUGAAUCUCCUCUGCACUCUCUCCAGUGCAUUCUUAUCCCGUCCUAUAGUGUGGCAACAAGGGAUGCAUAGUAUGGUUUCAGUUUAUACAUUAGUACCAUAAGUUCAUUGUUCUUAUAUUUUUGUACCACAAGCUCUGUGCUCUUAUAUUAUACCCGUGUAUUCUUAUUCCAAUUGUACUGUUUAAUUAUUGACUCCACCUGAACAUGACACUUACUGAUGUAGCGUCUUUGCCCAAUUUGCUCCCGUUCGUCUAGGGUAAACUGGCCUUGACCCCGCCAACACUGUAAUCGCGUUGGUGUGUUGGUGUGGAUACUGUGUGAUGCACCUCGGUACAAGCUCACAACAUAAAAUAUCAGACAGUACACGACAUACAAUUAAAUGAUUACAUUUUAUAAUUAUUUCUUGGUGAUGGGUUAGUAGAAACA